AUGACGCCCCUCUCCGCUCCACAACUGCACUUGAUCUCCACCAUCACACGCCUCGCCUCCGUCCUCUCGAUACUAGGUUCCUUGUUCAUAAUCCUGACCUUCGCAUCAACGCCCACCUUCCGCAAACCCGUCACGCGCCUCAUCUUCUACGCAACCUGGGGCAACCUCAUCACCAACGGCGCAACACUGCUCUCCACAUCCGCAAUCCCACACGGUGAUGGGACAGCGGCGAGCGGACUGUGCACAGCCCAGGCAGCGCUGAUGCAGUGGUUCAUGCUCGCGGAUCCUUGUUGGGUCUUCUGCAUGGCGCUGAAUGUGUGGAUGGUCUUCAGCCGCGGCUGCGACGGGCGAGACCUUCGCCGGCUGGAGAAGUGGUAUGCGGGUUUCGCAUACGGGGUUCCUGGGAUUGCAGCGGUGGGAUACUUGGUCCAUGACGCUGUGAGCGAGCGGCGGAUACUGGGGCCCGCGAUUGUAGGUUACACCUGCGUCCUUGCUCUCUGGUGCUGGGUGAGUGGCGAGUUUGAGUGGAUGCGCAUCGUCUUCUACUACGCGCCGGUGUGGGUGCUGGCGGGGGCGACGAUGAGUAUUUACGUCUGUGUAGGCGUGAAUAUGUACAGACAGCAGGUUGAACUGAAAGCGUUCAUGGAAAGGUCGCGGCAUGGUGCUGCGAAUGGGGAUCCCUUCUCCCCCUCCACGGACGGCAUUGUGGUCACGACCGAGAUCGAGCACGAGUCCAAUCUCAAGUCGCGGUCUGCGACACCAGGAACAGAGAUGAGGUCGCUGACUCCCUCCUCGAGCUCCGGAAAACAGACAGUCACUGACGCACCGAGCAACGCUCGAUCGUCGACACCAAGCUCGCCCGCCAAGUCGGCAUCAGCAGGCCGUUACAACCUCCUCGUCCCACUGAACCCCAACAGUCCGCUCCGCCACGCAAGCCCACUCCUGAUCAGCUACCGCGCAACCGCGUACGCCGCGCCCCUGGCAUCCGGCGACUUCGCCACGCUCCCGUCACCACGCGUGCCGAUAUUCCGCCCAUUCGAGCACGCCUUGUACCAGCAGCAGCGCAAAGAAAACGCAGCGGCGCACCGCUAUUUCCUCGUCGCGGUGCUGCUGUUCGCGGCGCUGCUCGUCGUCUGGGUGCCGUCGAGCAUCAACAGACUGUACCAGAUGGCGCACGCGCAGCAGCCCAGCUUCGGGCUCAACUUGGUUGCCGCGCUGGUGCUGCCGCUGCAGGGGCUGGGGAAUGCGGUCGUGUAUGCGUCGACGACUUGGGUCGAGUGUAAGCGAGCGUAUGCGUCGCUUGGGGCGUGGUUCUCGGGUGGGGCACGGAGGAGGGAGGGAGAGGGAAGUGUGGGGCGUGAUGAGGCGGUUGUGUACAACGGCUGUGUGGAGAUGAAGGGGUCUUUCAAGGACCGGUCGUUUCUGCAGACUGUGUGA